AUGUCGGUCACCAUCUUGCGUAUUCGAGGUCUACCUUAUUCUGCUACCGCUGAUGAUGUGAUAAACUUUUUCAAAGAUGUAUCGAUCAAGGGUGGAAAACGCGGCAUCUCGUUCCCCCAGGGACCGAAUGGCCGUUCCAACGGCGAAGCCUUUAUCGAGCUAGAGAAUGAAGACGAACUCGAGAAGGCAAUGGCCCAUCACAACGAGCAUAUGGGAAGGAGAUACAUUGAAGUUUUUCGUUCUGAUGAGGCCGAAAUGAAAAGGGCAAUGGGUUGGCAGCCUGAGCGCAAUCGCAAGGAGCAUGUUGCCAGGCUUCGUGGCCUACCCUACGACACGGACAAAAAGGAUAUCUUUACGUUCUUCAGCGGUCUCGACAUAGCUCCGAACGGUAUCGGGCUUCUCGUGGAUCACAUGGGCCGUUGCACGGGGGAUGCCUAUGUCCAGUUCACUUCGGCCGAAAUGCUAGCACGGGCGAAGGAGAAGCAUUUGGAGAAGAUAGGGCACAGGUGGAGUUUCUAA